AACAACAGAGAAAAUGAAAGACAGAAACAGAGUGAAAUGUUGAGUUGCCAACUGUCGGUGGUAAGACUCUCUAUCUCUCUUCUCUUCUGUUCUGCACUUUUCCUCCCUUCCUAGUAUUUUCCUUCUGUUGCUAUAUAUAUCUCUUUUUUUGAACACAUCACAUGUUAUUAUCAUUAUUGUAUAAUAACUCAGAGAGAUUUCAGAGAGAGAGAGAUUUGAAUCCAAACCUCUGAAAUUACAGUGAGACUGCAGUUUCCCGGUAAUUUAGUGUGAGUGUCCGUCUCUUAUGCUCUUUUUGUCUCCUCAUCGGAUCUUGGAUUGCUUCUCUUUUCAUCAAAGGGUGAUUCCAUUCGUAACCUAAAUUUGUAGUUUAAGUUACCAACAAGAUAAAAAUAGUCGUUUAAUUAUUGGUUUUAAGGGUUUGGGAUGGAUGAUAGAACGGUAAAAGAGGAGGGUGGUGAAGUUGAUAUUGAAAGUGGAUUGCUAGUAACUCAAGAUGAUUCAGUUAAUACUAAACAAGAAAAGACAUUGUUUGCUAAGAUUUAUUGUGGUUUUGUUGGAGAUUCUAUAAAAGAUGAAGAUAAGAACAGUGUAUUGUACUUGAAAGAGUCAAAUUUAAGUGGAGUUUACAUGGACAAUGUGAAAGUGACUAAUAAGUUGACGGGGCCAGACGCGGUGAAAAACGUAGAUAAUAAUCUAGUUAAGGAGAAACGUAAAAAGUCUGGUAACAAAAAGGCGGCUAAACCUCCUAGAGCUCCACGAGGGCCAUCGUUGGAUGCUGCUGACCAAAAGCUAAUUAGGGAGAUCACUCAACUUGCUAUGCUGAAGCGUGCGAGGGUAGAGCGUAUGAAAGCGUUGAAGAAGAUGAAAGCUGCUAAAUUGUCAUCGUCUCCCAGUAGUAGCCUAUUUUCCAUGGUUUUCACCGUUGUCUUCUGUAUUGUGAUCUUACUUCAAGGCAUAUCAUCAUCAUCUGGAAAGAGUUCAGUGACAAGUUUCCAGGGGUCUCCUAUAUCUGCUGCAGGAGUCGAGGUUGAUCCGAUUGCAGUUCAACUUCAACACCACUUGAAUCAAAUUUCAAGAGAACAACACGCACCUUCUUUAGAAUCUCUCAAAACUGUACACGGUGAAUAUUCGCCUAGAAAACUGAGAUGAGAUGAAGGUUACUGCAGAUUUCGUGACAAUAAAGACGGUUUUAUGGCCUUGUGCAACUCACACAAGCUUUUUUUUCUUGUCUUCCAUUGUAUUUCUGAUUUUCUGUACAAUGUGAUUUAAUUUGUUGGAUAAUUCAUCCCCUGAAGUGUAUGCAUAUUACUCAAUGAUGGGGUGAAGUUUUAGACUUGUAGGAAAUUUUGUAUCUGUUAUCACCUAAUUGUUUUGUCUCAAUGCCUUUCAUCAUUUCUCAUUUGUGAAAGGAAAGGUCAAAGCCUUUCUUUUAA